GCAGACCCUUCCACGCCCUAUAUAAGCUCACCUGAAUGAAUACCAGGACACCAGUAUCACCCAGUUCCUCUCACCCGUAAGGCAUCAUGAAAUCCAUCAUCAUCACCGCUUUGGCCGCCGUGGCCCUGGCUGCCCCCCAGUACAACUACGAAGCUCCCCCACCCGCCCCAGCCCCCUCCAACUCGUACAUCGCCCCAGCAGCCUCCAACCGCGACGACUCCUUCGAGCGACCCGACCCCGUAGCCAUCCUGCGGGACGAACGCGUCCACGAGGAAGACGGACGUUUCAACGUCGAGUUCGAGGCCGAGAACGGAAUCAAGUUCGCUCAGGCAGGAUCUCCUGACGGGGACGAGGGAUCCGUCGUCAAGGCUGGAAUGUACUCCUACACCGCUCCCGACGGCACCUUAGUCGAAGUCAAGUACGUGGCUGACGAGAACGGCUUCCAGCCCCAGUCCGACCUCCUGCCGGUGGCACCCGAAUUCCCCCACCCAAUCCCCCAGUUCGUCCUGGACCAGAUUGCCUUCGCCGCCGAGGAAGACGCCCGUCGCGCCCGUGAGGGCAGCGAUGAAUCCGCCGAAGCCUCAGCCGUUUCACGGAGCUACGCCCCCCCUGCCCCCUCCAACCUCUAUGGAGCUCCUCAGUAAAAGAAUUUUUUCACCCUUCAUCCGACUGUCAUCCUCGAACGACUACUUGUAUUUAUUCUAUUUAUGCAACAUGAAAAUCGCUGUUCAUUAAAUAGACUACUAAAAUGAAA